UCUGCAGCAGCUGAGAAUGAAGUCGCCGCCCGCGCCUGACCUGGAGACAGAGCCAGCAGCCGCUGACCCCAGGGAGGCAGGAGCGCGCCCGCAACCCCGGCAGAGAUCUGCAUUCACUGAAGGCUCUCGAUCUGGCCAGACUUCCACCUUCUGGAUCUGUAAUCGAAAGAGCAAGAGUCCAAGGGCAGAGAAGGGGGAGAGAGGAGAAGAGAGGACAGCAGCCAUGAGCUACAUCAUUCGACCCUGGGCUCUGAGGGACCUGAAGGAUCUUGUGCGGCUGAUUCAGGAAGCUGCAGCAUUUCACAAGGCUUUGGAUCAGGUCAAAACUACCCCCAAAGCGCUGAGGGAGGACGGCCUCAGGACGCACCCCAAAUUUGGCUGUCUGGUUGAGGAAGUUCCCCCUGAGCAGAGGAGCAAAGAGGGUCACACGAUUGUCGGGUACCAGUUCCACUACUCCAGCUACUGCACAUGGGAAAGGUGGAUCCUUUUCGGUGAAGAUCUGUACGUGAUGCCGGAGUUCAGAGGCAGAGGAAUCGGCACCAGUUUAUUGAACCAAGUGGCCAAGAUUGCGCUGGCCUCUGGGUACACCCAGUUCCGGUUCAUGUCAGCCAAUUGGAACCAGCCUGCCACGGCAUUCUACGAGAACCUGGGGGCAGUGAACGUGUCGGCAAGGGACAGCUGGAAUGUGUGGCACAUGGAGGGUCAGCGGAAGAUAGCAGCAUGGGUUACACAGUGAAAUGCUGCUACCAGGAGGCAGCUGGGGAGAAGACACACCUGAUUUAAUCCACCAGCCCUCUCUCCCCUCCCAAAGCCAGCUGCACUGAUCUAACCCACCAGACCCCUUCCCUGAACCAGGGAGAGAAACCAGGAAUCCUGCAUAGUCAGUACUGCCUGCUGCCAGAAUUUGACUCUGAGCUGUGUCCACAUCUGGACUCUGUGCUGGCAACAGAUGGCGCCCCCUGGGAGUGCCACAGAGUGUGAUCUGUCAUGGGGUAGCAGGGCUCCUACGGCUUUGAACCCUCGUCAAUAAACAACAGUGUCAACUCGCCUGUGACUGAUUCUGUUUUGGGGGUGAGGGUGUAACUUUCC